AUGGGUCGCCCUCGCCUCUACAAUACACAGGAGGAAAAGCUCCAAGCUCGUCGCGUCCAAUCUAAAAACUACUAUGAGCGAUCAACAAUCAGUAACCACACUCAGAUAUGCCACCGGAUGUGUUGUAAAUACAAAAGGAAGGCUAGAAGAGAAACAGAAGUCAAGGAGCAAGAAAGUACUGGGUCCAACGGGGUCAGGUACAAGGACCAGGAAAGUACUGGGUCCGACAACGUCAUGUACGAUGAAAUCUCCAGAUUCUGCAUGAUCGAUCUGAACUUAGAAAGCAGACUCAACAAUCCCAUCAAGACCCUUAACCAAGCCAAGAUCGCAUUUGAUGAAAAGACUCAGGGUGACAAGUACAAGUACAUAGACGACAUCGUGAAGGAAUGCAUCGCGAGUCCCGGUUCAGCGUUGGAGUUCUGCAAGGUGACAGCAAGCUUGUGGGUCGAUCUGGUGGAUUACAUUCAGUCAUGUCUUGGGAAAGUUUUACAAGAGUAUGGUUGUGGAAUCCUUUCCAUUAAAGUUAUUCCUCACGCGGUAUCACUACACAAACUUCAACUACCUUCUACACCUUUAUCCAAUGGGCAAACACAGGAUUGGCCCCAAAAAAAUACAGCCCGUCACUUUCAAGGACGAUACAGCGUACAAGCGAAGGCAAAAGGCCUUGGCAAACCCGAGCCUGCCGACGAAAUUGCAAGGCACUUGAAGAAAACUCAGGAUGACGUCCUGAAAGCGCUUCUUCCCAGCUAUUUCUUAGCGCGUGCUGCAGGACAGAGCAACAAAAAUUCUUUGAAAGGGCCAAUCUCCAAAGUCAGCUGGAUGUUGUUCCUCUUCCCAGAGCAGGCUGAUGCUGAGUCGCCUCCGAAACAUAGUUGGAAUGCUGAGUUAAAUUCUGCAAUCCAAAAAAUUAUGAACGGCCUUCCGACCCCGAUGAUCGGCCUUGAAGAACUUGAGAAAGCAAUAGUGGGACCGAGCUUGGGAGAGACCACACAGGAGGAUACCUCGAGCAAGGGAGACUUCGACUUCAAUUUCCUGUAUUGUCCUGCUGGCUGUUACAAGGGAAAGAGCAAGUUCGUUGUUGUUCGUGACGACAAGCACGACAACAAGCUUCACAUUGGUCACUCCCGCACUGUCCAAAUCUCUGAUAACGGCUUUCGAAUCCUCCAAACACCUCGCUCCCCUGUGAAAGUCUCCUCUGCUCAGAGUCGGCCCCUCAUAGAACAGGAAUUUGACGACUGGAACCCUUGCAUCGAGUAUGAAGAUGCCGGGGAGGAGUCACCCCUGAUAAAUGUCGAAGAAAACGUUCAAGGCACCAUGGCUGCAAAAGUUGCAGCAAAACGGCAAUACUUUCCAUUCCUCCACUGA